UUUGUUUUAAAGCAAACGGAGCCACAUCACCCUCCGACCUCCAUCAAUAAUCUUCUUCUGCAAUCGCCGUUUUGUUUGUAUCCAUUCUAUCCGUUCUUUGCAAAACACUCAUCCCAUUUCGAACCCUACUCUUAACACCUUCAUUUUCAUUCUUAUACUCAAGUAUAUAAAUGGUGUCUACUUCAACGCUUUCUCUCUCUUCUCAUCCAAAGAUUAAUUUCGGAUUGCGAAACAAACACAGAACCGAGGUUGGGAGCAUAAGCUCCGAAAAGAGCAGUAAAUUUAAUGGCAUUGCGCCUGGUGUAAACUCCCCUUUUGCACUGGUUAGUUUCACCUCGAGGACCUUGCAGUCGAAAAAGUUCCUCAUUAAAGCAGCGGCCGCAGGCUCUGCUGAUCGCAAUUCCCGCUCUGGCAGUAGCUCUCGCAGAGUUUAUCAGCAGAGUCAAGCGCAAGCUCCACUUGCUCCCGUGAAAGACAUUUCUUCGUUUCUUCUUCCUGCCGGCGCGUUCCUCGUUGCAACUUUCGGUCAUUAUUGUACAACCAUUGGCUUUGGUAUCCUUAAGGCUGUAUAUAAUUUUUCUGAAGGAUAUCCUCAGUUGGUAAUUGAACUAACAUUUCAGCUGACAGUUUUGGGGAAGCUGUUGGAGAAAAUCCUUCUACCAAAACCCUCUACACCUGUAUCUGAAGAGAAUAAACCUGCGCAAGGGAUGAAGUGGUCCUUUGCUCCCGGUACAAACUUGUUAUCAUCAUUUGGAGCAAAAGUUGAAAGGGAAUCUAAACUGAGGCUAAAUGACAUUGCAAAAGAGCUCAGUUGUAUUCGUUCGUUGUGCAUAAUUCUCAUCUUGUUCCUCCUCGAUUCACCAAACAGCCCAAGUCAGAAAUUUGGAGAUGAAGGACUGUUUUUCCUUGCUGAGAGCUUAGCUUAUAAUCAAACUGCUGAAGAAGUUAGUUUUGCAUCGAACCUGAUUACUGCUGAUGGAAUAAAGGCAUUUGAUGGAAUUUUGCAAUCAAAUGUUGCCCUAAAAUCUCUCAAUUUGUCUGGAAAUUCGAUUGGUGAUGAAGGAGUCAAAUGUUUAUGUGACAUUUUGGUUAAUAAUACUGGUCUCCAGAGGCUACAGCUAAGCAGUAAUUCAUUUGGGGAUGAGGGUGCAAAAGCAAUUGGUGAGAUGUUGAAGAAAAAUUCAACCUUGCGCGUCAUUGAACUUAAUAACAAUUUGAUUGACUACUCUGGAUUUUCAGGCCUUGCGGAAGCAUUACUCGAGAAUAAAAGUAUAGUGUCCAUAUACCUCAAUGGCAAUUAUGGUGGUCCCCUUGGGGCAGCUGCUUUGGCAAAAGGAUUGGAAAAAAACAAGUCCUUGAGGGAACUGUGUCUGCAAGGAAACUCGAUUGGAGAUGAGGGAGUUCGUGCUCUGAUGUCCAGCUUGUCUUCUCGUAAAGGAAAGCUAACAACCUUGGAUCUUGCAAACAAUUCGAUCAGUGCGAAAGGAGCUUCUCAUGUUGCUGAGUACAUUAAAAAAAGCAAGAGCUUAUUGUGGAUUAAUCUUUACAUGAAUGAUAUUCGAGAUGAGGGAGCUGAAAACAUAGCAGAGGCCUUGAAGCAGAAUCGCUCUGUAACACAUGUUGAUCUUGGAGGGAAUGACAUUCAUGCCAAAGGGAUCAGUGAAAUUGCACGAGUUCUUAAAGAUAAUUCUGUCAUUACUGCUUUAGAAAUUGGUUAUAAUCCCAUUGGGCCUGAUGGUGCGAAGGCUUUGGCGGAGGUUCUUAAAUUUCAUGGAAACGUAAAGGAUCUCAUGCUUGGUUGGUGUCAGAUUGGAGCCACUGGUGCUGAAUAUAUAGCAGAUAUGUUGAAAUACAACAGCACGAUAUCAAACCUUGAUCUGAGAGCAAAUGGACUAAGAGAUGAGGGUGCCAUCUGCCUUGCUCGUAGCUUGAAAGUGGUCAAUGAGGCUUUGACAUCACUCAAUCUUGGGUUUAAUGAAAUAAGAGAUGAAGGGGCUUUUGCAAUUGCUCAAGCGCUCAAGGCUAAUGAAGACGUUCGGCUGACAUCGUUAAAUCUUAUGAACAACUUCCUUACCAAAUUGGGACAGAGUGCAAUUACAGACGCAAGCGACCAUGUAUACGAAAUGAACGAGAAGGAGCUUACUAUUGUGUUUUAGAUGAGAGAUAUCUUAGGUACGAGAAAAUGAUUUGUUUUGUUUCUGUUCUUAAUCUGAAAGGCGGUGGUCUUUUGUCUCUCCAUUGAGUUUAAGAAAUCAAUCAUAGUUCUGUUCCAAGAUAACAUCAAACCUUAGAUUGUGGCUUGACCAUGGAAACACCAGAAAUUUUGUCAAUAAAAGAUUAUCUGAAUUUUGCUGAUUGGGUUUGUCGAUAUUGCUGCUUCUCACCUGAGGCAGAUUAGAUCUAUUGCUAAGUGGGAAGCUAGUUUCACUAGGUUUUGUCUAAUGAAUAUUGUUUGACAUAUUAGUUGAUCCUUAUGAAUUUGUCCCUGAU